UUUCUCUUAGACCAUAUAUUUCACAAUUUCUUACAGCACAAUCAUUUUCUAUUCCUGUACCAUAAUUUGUUCAGCAUACUCCAAUAGGUGGGCAUUCCCUGAGUUGCCAAUUUUUUUACUGCUAUAAAAAAAGACUCUGAGCAGUUUUCUGAAGGAGGGGAGAGAAGAGAAUGGUAGAUAAGGAUAGGAUUUAGGGAAUCUUUCCAUGACGGAGUCUUUGGUUGGACGGAUGACAAAAGGUUCACGCUGACUUCCUUGAGGUCCCGGUCUAGAUGCAAAGGGUAAAGUUGUGGUCUAGACCUGGUUUCAUGAAUGUAAUGUGGACUUCUGGGGCUGAGGUGGGCAGGGUAUCUUACAACGCCACUUCCCACUUCUAUUUCUAGAUAAAGAUGCCCUUGAAGCAGCCAUUGUGAGUGGUGACUGAGCAAGGACAGAGGACACAGUGUGGCCCAGACCAGGAUGAAGGAAAAUGAGAUGGAAGUCCAAGUGGCCCAUUUCACCGUAGACAACCAGGACAUCUCCCUCUGGCCCCGAGAUCCUCCUCCAAAGAAGAAGUCACCUGCAGCCCCGAGGACCUUCCCCUUUAUCUAUGUAGCUAUUAUUCUCUUGGCAGUGGGCCUGGCUGCUUUUCUCCUGGCCAUGAUCAUUCUCUAUCCCCAGUUACUGGGAAGGAUAGAUGAUGUCAAGACCUCUGUCGACAUGCUCAAAGGCCGUGCAGAGAACACCAGUAUCUUUCUCAGUUCUGAGAUCAGGAAGCUAAGAAACAAGUUGGAGGAUUCCCAUGUACAGGUCCAGGCGCUAAACCACAGCCUGGGGUAUUCGAAAGUUCAGAUGCAGCUAUUAAAUGCCAUGUUGAAGCAGGACACUGCUCAGCUUCAGGCAUUAAUGAGCAGUUGGGAAGAGCUUGAGGCUUUAAAUGCCCAGAUUCCGAUGCUGAAACAGGAUUUGAAGAAAACUGGGGAGCUAAAUUCCAACGUCGAGCAGCUCAGGAAAGAUCUGCAGACCCUGGGGACAUCACUGUCACAGCAGCGUCACAUUCUGGAGAUGGCCUCUCAAGACUGGAAAUUCUUUGGAGGGAACUUUUACUAUUUUUCUACCAUGAAAAAGUCUUGGUACAGUGCUGAGCAGUUCUGUACCACUCACGAUUCUCAUCUGACCUCAGUGACUUCAGCAAAAGAACAGGAGUUUCUUUAUAAGGUAGCCAAAGGAGUUCCUUAUUGGAUUGGCCUGACAAAAAUAGGAUCUUCUGGCAGCUGGCACUGGGUUGAUGGAACCCUAUAUAUAGAGAAGGAGAAUGUUCGGUUCUGGAUAAAGGGGGAACCCAAUGACAGAGGUGAAAAUGAGCGUUGUGUAACUUUAGUGAAGUCCUCUCUGAUGUCCUGGAAUGAUUUAACUUGUGACAGUGAGGUCCAAUUCAUUUGUAAGAAGGGCCCCAAACCAUCAGAGACUGACUAGUUCCAUGAUGGGAUUCUGCUGCAUCCUCCCAGCUUCUCCCAAACUUAACAUAAGGAUGAUGGUCAUCCCUCCAACAUCCACAGGGAAUUUUCUCCUUAGCUUAUUGUGUUUUAAUGUCAUGCCAAAAUAUUCUGGGACCUGCAUAUAUCACCUGAGACUCACUUUGCCUCAGCAAGCUGGGGAGGAGGAAAACAGAGGAUAGAGAGAAGAGGACAUUGAAGAAACUGGGCUGGGGUUGUCUGGAGAAGGUCCUGAUAUGUCUCCUACUUGAGAUUUCACUCUUUCUCAUGGCGGCAUUGCCAUUCACCAACCUCCCACGUUCAAAACCUUGUGGUUAUUAUUGACUCUUCUCUCUUCAUCACCUCUGUAUGUCUGGGCAGUUACUCAGUACUAUCAAUUUCCAUCUCCCCAAUAUCUCUUCCAUCUUCACCUUCUUCUCUAUGCCCUUUGCUACCACCUGUACCAAUGAGGUACAGGCCCUCAUUGCUACCCCUCUAGACCCUUACAAUAGCCUCUUGACUUUUUUUCUACCUUCUCUCAUUUCUCCUUUCUAACCAUUAUUUAUUCCAUUGCCCUGGUAAUCUUUCUUUGGCACAAAUUUGGUACUUUUACAAUUCUACCUUGCCUAAAGGAGGCGCCUAAUAAAUUCCUGCUGAGUCAAAAUGAAAAUCUUUAGUAGUGCUUUAUUGCCUCCUGAGUAAAAAUCAAAUGUCUUGCAUUCAAGGCCCUCUACAAACUGGUACCAUUCUAUCUUUAAUGUCUUAUCUUAUAUUGCUCCAUGUAGUCUAAGCAUCCAGACAAGCUGGUAAACUCUCUGUUCCCAGAUGUGCUCUACAUUGACCUGGCUCUCUGUGCCUUUGCUAAUAUCGUUGCCCAUGCCCAAAAUGUCCUGCCUUCACUUCCUUUACUGGAUCAGAGAUGACUGUUGGGACAUGAAAGCUGUCUUCAAGUGUUUGAAGGGCUCUUAUAUGGAAGAGGGAUUACACUUUUUCUUUCUACCCAGAAGAAAGAACUGGGAGCAGUGGUUAUUAGGAGCAAAGAGGAGCAAAGACUUGUGGCAAUGGAGGAAAUAAAGUUUAGAUGAAGUAUAGUGCUAAUAGGGAGAGAGACAUAAACAUAGUU